UCGCUCCGAUUUCGUCCUCAGUUUCCACCACCUGGCCGCCAUCGCUCAAAUGAAUGGAAGAAACUACGCGCUCUUCAACGUCCCACCUCCGAUCCCUGGUUCUUGCCACUUUAUUCGCGCAUGCCGGUAUAUCUCGCUCGCUACCUCCUUCAUUUCCUUGGUUUCUUCAACCAAGCCAUUUACGAAAGAAAUCUCAGUGUCAUCGAUCGACUGCUUCCCUUAUCGAAGAAGAAUGGAUUAUUUCACUGCCGGCUUGCAUUGAAACGGCUUCAGGGGGACAGAAGCCAUGGCGGAAUCGGGCUCAUUUCGUGGGGGUGGCGUUGGGGAUUACAAAACCUUUCGCCAGACCAGUCGUGAUAGACUGUUUCAUGAAAUGCUCCAAUCCACAAAAGUGAAGGAAUCCCAAUCAACAUGGAAGGUGCUAAUACUGGAUAAAUUUACUGUGAAAAUCAUGUCCUAUUGUAUCAAGAUGUCAGAGAUCACUAACAAGGGAAUUUCAUUGGUUGAAGAGCUUUUCAAAAGAAGGGAGCCAAUGAUUUCAAUGGAUGCAAUAUAUUUUAUUCAGCCAUCAAAAGAAAAUAUAAUCAUGUUUCUGUCUGAUAUGUCAGGGAGGUGCCCUUUAUACAAAAAUGCAUACAUAUAUUUCACUUCACCUAUUCCGAAGGAGCUGGUUGCUUACAUCAUGAAUGACUCCAGUGUCAUACCCCGCAUAGGUGCAUUAAUUGAGAUGAACAUGGAGUAUUUUGCUAUAGAUAGUCAGGGCUUUGUUACCGACCAUGAGAUGGCUUUGGGAGAUCUAUAUGGAGAAAGCACUGAAAAUUCUCGCAAUUACAGCUUGUGCUUAAACACGAUGGCCACACGCAUUGCUACAGUUUUUGCUUCAAUGCGGGAACUUCCUUUUGUGCGAUAUCAAGCUGCUAAGUCAUCUUCAAAUUCAACUGAAGUUUCAGCACGAGAAUUAAUACCAAAUAAACUUGCUGCUGAAGUUUGGAACAUUAUUUCCAAGUAUAAAACAACAAUGCCGGACUUUCCACAGAAAGAGACAUGUGAUUUAUUAAUUGUAGACCGAUCAAUCGACGUGAUUGCUCCAAUCAUUCAUGAAUGGACCUAUGAUGCCAUGUGCCAUGAUUUAUUAAAUAUGGAUGGGAACAAAUAUAAUUAUGAGGUGCCAAGCAAAUCAGGGUCAACAGCUGAAAAGAAGGAGGCUCUUUUGGAGGAUCAUGAUCCAAUCUGGCUUGAGCUUCGGCAUACACACAUAGCAGAUGCUAGUGAAAGAUUGCAUGAAAAAAUGACCAGCUUCAUGUCGAAGAACAAAGCCGCGCAACUUCAAUUGAUUGCAAAAGAUGGUGGAGAGUUAUCAACUUGCGACUUGCGAAAGAUGGUUCAAGCUCUGCCACAGUACAGUGAACAGAUAGAAAUACUCUCUCUUCAUGUAGAGAUUGCAGGAAAAAUAAAUACGUUGAUUAGAGAUUUGGGACUUAUAGAAAUUGGCCAGUUAGAGCAAGGUCUUGUUUUUGGUAAUGUAGGAACAAAAGAAGUGAUUAAUUUUCUGCGGACAAAUCAGGAUGUUUCUGCAGAGAAUAAGUUGCGUUUACUGAUGAUAUAUGCGUCCGUUUAUCCAGAAAAAUUUGAAGGUGACAAAGGUGCUAAGCUGAUGCAGUAUUUAUUCAUUCUAUGGAAGCGUCAACUCUCAAUUGAAAAUUCCUUUCAGCUAGCAAAGCUGACGACUAAUGAUAUGAACGCUGUGUAUAAUUUGAAUUACUUGGGUGGUCAAGUCACCAAGAAAGCUUCAGGGGGGAAUUUUUCUCUCAGAUUUGAAACCCAGAAGUAUCCUCAGAAGAAGCUUUCAGCUAGGAAAGAGCGAGAGGGUGAGGAUGAAACAUGGCAAUUGUCACGAUUCUACCCGCUAUUAGAGGAGCUGGUUGAGAAGCUUAGCAAAGGAGAACUUCAAAAGAUUGAAUAUCCAUAUGUGAACGAACCUACUCCUACUAAGCAAGAGGGCUUGAAUUCUGGUGCACCUUCACAAAAGUGUUUGAAUCAGGCUUCUCGCUCUGCGAAAUCUAGACGAACCCCAACAUGGGCUAAACAACGUGUUUCUGAUGAUGGCAAUUCAAGGUACUCUGUAGCAAAUUCAACUCCACUAGUUUAAUAAUAUGCACUUCAUAUGCUUUUAUUUAUCGAAUAUUUGCAUCUAUCAACAUAGAU